CGCGUAGUGGGGUUAGCGCCGCGAUCUGAGAACACUGCUGGGUAAGAGGCAAACGUACGGAUCGACGGAUCGUCGGACGAAGCACGCCGGGUAUACGCCAAGCGAGUAAGCGAGAGACGCUUGAAAGCCAAGUGAGGGAAGAGAGGUCGGAUAUAGCCGAAAGCGAAGAUCGAAGUGAGAAGAGUAGCGACGGGGAAAGAGACUCAUUCAUCUUGGCGCGCCUAGCACGCCUGUGAUUGGUCCACCUUGGAUAAGGCCACGCUACGAUUGGACGACUCUGUUUACCAGCUGGUACCCCGCCGCGCUUCGGACUCGUAGAAGAGAGGGGGGAGAACGGAGAGACAAGCGGCGCCAUUAUUGUAAGGGGUUACAUUUAGCUGGCCGUGGGUUGUAGUACGCGGCGUUCGGGAUAGGGGGAUAUAGUACCUACAUGCAUGGCCCAUAAAGGAUUCGUCGACUAUCCGAGAAGUACGCAAGAAACGGCUUCUAACACCUGACAGGGGCCACGCUCUUCUCUUCUCUCUCCUCGUGCCGUCGUCGGGUUCGUCGUCGCCCAAUUUCCAAGCUGGGACCACAGCUGGGUGGGCCCAAUUGAAGAAGGACCCGCUGCUUUAUCACCGAUUGCCGUUCUGAUUCCGAUGGAUUUGUAAUCAGAAGGCAUGAUUACGUCAAAGUGUGCGGGUCGAAAUUGAAACGCGAAUAACGCACGAAUCCGAAACGAGAAAGAGAAGGACAUGUCAUUUAUCAUCACGAACAGUCGGCGACUCCAAUUUUAUUGUCCCUGGUGAUUGUAAUCCAUUGGGUUUUCGGUAUUGUUAUUGUGAUAAUGUGCGAAUUUGCGUAAGUGGCGAUAAAAAAGUGGACGUUGAUAGAGAAAGAGAUAGUGGACGCGGCAAGCAAUACAUAGUAAGGUAAAAGAAGUUGAUUCGGCGAUCAAAGAAACAGUGUGUGUAUUUUUCUUAGCGAGAAGCAUCUUAUUGAUAAAAGAGAACCAUCAGUGUAUUAUCGCGAUCCGGUACGGAUUACGCGAUGAGUGAGCAGCUGUUGAACGUGUCGCUACGGUGUCGGUGUUGAGACACUUGUCCCGGUCAUCCUCGUCCGGGCGUGUCUUCGGCAUCAAGUCCACAUCGACACCGACAGGCGAUAUGAGUACGAAAUUUAUAAUUGAUAGUAUGCUUCCUGCUAAGUACCAACAAUUCCAUCCUCAGCAAUUAUUCUCAAGCGCGAAUCCAGGUACUAUUCAAGCGUGCACAACGAGUCCGGCCACCGCGAGCCUAGAAUCAAGUUUAUCCGCGGCUGCAGUUGCGGCCGCGGCGGUCAAUUACGCACAGCAGCACAAUUCACCGAGUCCGACGGGUUCGAGUCCCCAGCACUCCGGAAGCUCUGCUUCGACCUCACCGGCGGCGCGUACCACGUCCAGUAUGUACCCUUACGUGUCAGCUGCGGCGCAUCACCAUCAUCAACAGCAGCAGGCGGUUGCAGCCGCCGCGUUUGGCGCCACAUCGAGCAUGGUGCCCGGUUUUGGGUCCACGGCAGCGUCCAGCGCUGCUCUGGCCGCGGCCGCUGCUGUAGACGCCGCUACUGCCGGCGAUAAAUCCUGUCGUUACACAGCUAGUCUCACUGGCAAUGUAGCACCUACAUCAGCCGAUCCUAUGGUUAAUUAUACUCUCGGUCACCAUCAUCAAAACGGCGCUACGCCCGGUAGUCUUGUUUCAUCCGCGUCAGCUUCUUCGGCGGUGUCGGCCGCCUCGGCAUCCAUGGCAGCGGCGGCACAGUUCUAUCAUCAAGCAGCCGCUGCAUCGGCCGUUGUUGAUCCCUUGACGUCCUGCCAACAACCUACCACGGGUCAACCUGGGAUCUCGGACAUUCCUCGGUAUCCAUGGAUGUCAAUUACCGAUUGGAUGAGUCCUUUCGACAGAGUGGUGUGCGGUCCGAAUGGUUGUCCGAGGCGUAGAGGUCGGCAAACGUACACGCGAUUCCAGACAUUGGAGUUAGAGAAAGAAUUUCACUUCAAUCACUACCUAACGCGACGACGACGAAUAGAGAUCGCGCACGCGCUCUGUCUUACGGAACGACAGAUUAAGAUCUGGUUCCAGAAUCGGCGAAUGAAGCUGAAAAAGGAGUUGAGGGCGGUCAAAGAGAUCAACGAGCAAGCCAGGCGCGAGCGCGAGGAACAAGAUAUGAUGAAGAAACAGCAGGCGGAGAAGCAGGCCAAGUUGCAGCAGGAGCAGCAGAGCGCUGCUCUUCAGCACCAGCAGCAACAUCAUGUAAGCGGCCUGGAAAAGACGCAAAGCGAUCUUCUGAAGGCAGUCAGUAAGGUACCCACAUAGGACACCUUACUGAGCCGACUCUCUUUCUUUUAAGGAAGACACAAGAGACUGGAGCGGCUUGGACGAAGACUCCGAAGCAAAGUAGUCGGUAAGGUCGACCACAUAGAAGAUCCCCCCGAGUUUCCUUCCUUUCAUCUUCGCACGCGAGAAACAGGUAUAUCUAAUCGCAAAGAUUUUUGCGAUCUUCUACGAAGUUCGGUUGAGUCGGUGUUCGUAAAGCGACGACGAUCAGCGAUUUCACCAUUUCGAGAAGAUAGCAAGAACUUAGCAGAUCUAGAAGAUAUACAGAGAGGUUCUUCUUUUGGGCGAAUAAGAAAGGUACGAGUAGGUACAUACCUUACUAAAAUCGAUUCUCUCUUUUGUUCUCUUUCUCUUUUUUAAGAAAGAAAAGAGAGGAAGAAAAGCUUAG